AUGUCACGACGUCGGCCGCGCAACACCAGCAAUAGUCAACAACAAUCUACGCUACCGCAAUCAUCCCCUUCACCCAGAUCAUUAAAUCACCUUACAUCAAUCUCGCAACUAUGGACUCUACCUCGUGCAACAUUGCUUCUAAUCAAUCCAAUUCUCGCCUCAACUGUUCUCCAGGUAUCUCCUUGCUACAUAGAGCCCGUUUACGGAAAUGUCUUUCCCAACCUCUAUUUUCAUGAAUCUUGCCUAAUUUCCUUAAUCCUCGGUGCCAUUUUCGGCAUGGGUUAUGUGGUCAAAACAAAAUCGCUUCAUCCAAAAAUAAGAGAUAACAAAAUCGCCGAAGCAAUUGUGCGUGACAUAGAUUGGUGUGGAGCGUUCUUCGCCAUGUCACCACUAUUGUUAAGAAAAUUAUUUACUCUAAGCGGCAUACUAGGUCCACAUGUAGGGCCACACGUGACUCAACUUGGGUUGGCCUACCCUAUAAUGUUUUUAUUGGGAUUUCUGAAUUCAGUUGCAUGCGCCCGAACGUCAGGAGAACACCUUUUUCCAAAUGUUAGAUGGCUUUCGUUUAUUCUCACAUACAUCGGGGCCAGCGUUUCAUUGACAUUUGUGUUAUACAGUGUUGUCGCCAGAGGGCGUUCGUGCCAUCGAUUAUAUUUUGCGGGACUGGCGUUAGUGCUUGUGAGUGCAAUGUUCAAAUUGUUGUGGAAUAUUUAUGGGGAGGUAAAUUUGGUUGAAGAUGCAGGACAACGAAAGAGGAACGAGAAAUUCGGAACAACGGCGUCAACGAGAAUAAAGAGCUUGAGCAUUAUGCUGAUACCGCAGAUUUUAGUGAUCUUUUUAUCGGUCUAUAAUGCGAACUUCAAUCCUCAUUGUAAUUCAACAAUACUUCAGAAUAUAGUGGUUGGUAAAACACAAUACUCGAUCCUUGCGAGGAAUGAUUCGAUCACUGGAUGGAUUGAAGUAUUAGAAGAGUCACAUCCUCGCAAUAUUCGAGUGAUGCGGGCAGGGCAUUCUCUGUUAGGUGGCGUUUAUCGAGAAACCCAGGAUUCCAUUUAUGGAUCCUUCUAUUUAAUGGAAGCUGUCCGGUUAGUUGAAAGAAGUAAACAAGAUGGGCAAGAACGAGCUUUACAGAUCGGCCUAGGAAUAGGCGUGUCAGCUUCCUCACUUCAACGUCAUAAUGUCCUUUUAGACAUAGUCGAAUUAGAUCCCGCGGUGUACGAAUAUGCGAAAAAAUAUUUUCAUUUGGAAAAACGCCACGAAAUAUAUCUUCAGGAUGGUAGAAAAUUCAUAAAUAAUGCCGAUUCCGGAAAAUAUGAUUAUGUGUUGCAUGAUGUGUUUACAGGAGGAUCGGUGCCUUCGGCGUUAUUUUCGGUAGAAGCGUUAGAACAGAUUAAGAGGGUGAUGAAGGAAGGUGGCAUAUUGGCUUUAAACUUUGUUGGAUCAGAGAGAUGGCCACAGGCCGAAAGUUUAGCAUUAGUAUCGAACACCAUAAGAUCGGUAUUUCCGUACAUUAAAUGUUUUAAAGAAGGGGCACAAGAAGGAUCAUUUCAAAAUAUGGUUUUCUUUGCUUCCACACGCGAAUUGAAGUUCCGACCUCCUGUUGAAGCCGACUUUCUGAACAGUGAAAUGCGGAGAUUCAUGUUGAAGAAUUUCAUGGAAUGGCCAGUAAACUUGAAAAAAUAUCGAAAUGUUACUGGAAUGAUAACAGAAGCGAGUAAUCCACUUGAUAGAUUACAACAGGGCUCGGCGUUGGAACAUUGGGUAAUUAUGAGAGGAUUGUUCCCGAUAGAUGUAUGGAUAAAUUAUUAA